CUUAGAUUCAUCCCUAGUAAAAGAAUCUCCUGUCAGGAGUUUGAGGGUAUAACUAGUACUCUUCAGUCAACAUUAUUUGUUCUUCUCCUCCCAUGUGAGAUCUCGCGGCUUCAGUAUGGCCCUUCUGCAAACGUCUCUCAUCUGGGUCGUUUAUGCGAUUGUGGUUGCCAUUCUAUUUCUGUUGGCCUCGGUUUUCAUUUAUGUUUACCAGACCCCUCGCGAUCGCUCCCCAUCUGUGACUUUCACAUGUAUUAUUGCCAUAUCAUGCCUGCUUGCGACUAUUCUCCUCCUGCCCGUUGAUGUGGCCUUGAUCUCUUCUACUGUCUCCUCGAAUUUGGGUCAGCGGAAAGAUUGGGCUACUGACGACGUGGUGGAGAGAAUCGUUUUCUCCUUGAAGCUUGUAUAUUACAUUUUAUAUUCCUUGGAUGUCCUCCUUUGUCUUCUUGUGGUCCCAUUCGUCUACUUUUGGUAUGAAGAGUAUGACGAGGUUGCUGCUCAGGCUGGGGAACAAACCAGCGCACAACGAUUUUUGGGGGCAUUCAAGUAUACCCUGUCAUUCAUCGCAAUCGUGGUCGUCCUAUUCCUGGUUGGAUUCUUUGUACCUAUCUCCAAAGAUAAAAACGGGCAUGGCCUGGACUUCUUUAAGAAGCUGCUCACUGAGAACCGUGGUGAACGGGCUCUUAGCUUUUCUGUCGGCUUGUUGAUUACAAUUGGCAUGUGUUUAUACGCUUUGUAUACUUCCACGGGCCUCGCGAUUCUUCCAAUUCGUUUAAUCCGAGGCGCCCCUUCGAUAUCAAGCAAAAACUGGAGAGCAACAACGACCACACAGCUUGAAUCAAAUAGGGAACGGCAGCGCCAACUAGAGGGACGCUGUGCAGGGAACCCAGAGCUCCUGUCUUCAAAGGACCGCAGAGAACUGGACGCCUUGGUUCGAGAGGAGAGGACAUUGAUUCGAAGACAGCGACUGGCAGACGAAGCUCAAGGAGAAGAACAGAAAUUCUUCACAAGAGCAUGGUUGAGAAUCGAAGCAUUCUUCCGCCCAUUUAAACUGUUGGGUGGUAUCAUACUAUUCUUAGUUAUAUUGCUGACAUGGGUUUCCAUGCUCCUCACAGCGAUCGACAAGGCGAAGAAUUCAAUAUGCAAACACCGCUGUGGAUAUAUACUGGGGCAUAUCAAUAUCUUUAAUCCCAUCAACCAGGUCUUCGUUCAAUCCGCCAAAGUCUUCCCCAUCGACUAUGUGAUAUUUACGCUGCUUGUUCUACUUUUCUUUUCCGGCUCUGUGGUUGGGAUUGCCACCGUUGGCAUUCGCUUCCUUUGGAUAAGAAUCUUCCAAAUUCGGAAGGGUCACACGUCCCCCCAGGCUCUGCUUUUAAUGACGGCCAUGCUGAUGUUAAUGAUUUUGGCUCUCAACUACUCAAUAUCUAUGGUUGUCGCUCCACAAUAUGCAACAUUCGGACCGCAGACCUUCUGCGAUCGUUCCCCGGACUCCCCCGGAACACUACUGGACUGCGCAGAUUCUAAACAUCUCGUCAGGUCUUGCUCAGAAUCCGGAGAAAAUGAGGCUGCAAAGAAAGUCUGUACACCUAGCGUCGCUAGCACGAUUCUAAAUCGGGUGUCAAUCAACUUUCCAUUCUUUGGUGCCGUGUUCUUCUGGGCUCAAUUUGUAUUUCUCGGGUUUUACUUGAUUGCUCUUGUAGCCGCUCUUUUCCGCCCUUCCAAAGUGGAUGAGGGGCAACUGGACGAAGACGCAGAAGAAGCUGAGGAAGAAGGACUUCUGGCGAGUAACAGAAGAGGUACUGAUUCUGACUGGCAAGAUAUCAUCAGUAGGGCCCGUAGAUAUGAUGGCACAAGAGGCGAAGACUAGCGCUGUUUGUAGUUAUGCUUGACUGUUUGCCUAAUCAUUUUCUGAAUAUUAUGUUUGAUGAAGUUUACCGUACUAAACCAGCACAUUUUAGCUAAGUUUUCUUUAGCCUCGCCCGUCAAAUACUGAUAUAUCAAAUGCUAGGAGAUUGAUUCAGGUCAUCAAUAAAGAACCAGCGACUGGCGAUUCAUUACUUUUAGAUUUUAACGCGGUCGUUUAAAAGCGCGAGUGCGCUUUCAAAUGCCUUGACGACGUC